AAGAAAGAUAACUCCAGAAUUAGGCCGUGUCUCUAAUUUAGUAAGAAAGUAGUCAUCUGCUUUACUCUGCCGUAGUUUUUAUGGUUGAAUGUUGCAUUGAAAGAGGUCCAUAUACAUAUUUCUUACUGUUUAUAUCGUAAUAUAUAUAUAUAGCCAAGCUGGUCAGACACCAGAAAGAAGAUAGCUAACUAGAUAGAGAAGAAGUGCAAAUUAAGGUGCCUAGAGAGAGAGAGUGUGUGUGUGUUCUGGAGAGAGAAAGAAAAACAAAAAAGAUGGAAUGGAAGAAAUGUUAUCUGGAUGUGAUAUUGGUGCCAUUGGGUUUAUUGAUAACUGUGGCUUACCAUGUUUGGUUAUGGCACAAGGUCCGAACCCAACCGAUGACGACUAUAAUUGGCACAAAUGCCAGUGGACGACGCAUGUGGGUCUCAGCUAUCAUCAAGGACAAUGACAAGAAAAACAUACUGGCCGUCCAAACCAUCCGAAACACGAUCAUGGGGUCGACCUUAAUGGCGACUACAUCCAUCCUUCUGUGUUCGGGCUUGGCUGCCGUCAUAAGCAGUACUUACAGCAUCAAAAAGCCGCUCAACGACACCAUCUACGGUGCUCAUGGUGAAUUCAUGGCGGCACUAAAAUACGUGACACUAUUGCUCAUCUUCCUGUUUUCGUUCCUGUGCCACUCUCUCUCGAUUAGGUUUGUGAACCAGGUGAACUUCCUCAUAAACUGUCCGAUGGACCACACGUGCAUGGUGAUCACACCGGAGUACGUGUAUGAGCUUCUUGAGAAGGGCUUCGUGCUGAACACGGUCGGGAAUCGGCUUUUCUACGCAGCGCUUCCGCUUCUGCUUUGGAUCUUUGGGCCUGUGUUAGUGUUCUUGUGUUCAGUCACUAUGGUCCCAGUGCUUUACAACCUUGACUUCGUGUUUGGAAGUGUUAGUGGAAAGGUUGAUGAGAAUAGAAAUAGUAGUGACUUUGAAUCAUCAGUGUAACAAGUUUUAUAUAUUAAUUUUAAUAACAUGAUUUGAGUGCUUAGUUAUGUGCACGUCAUUGGGCAUUAAUUAGUGCUUGCUUUUUGCUUUUUUAAUAU